UUGAGUAGUUGCUAAGAAUGGUGGUUUGUCGGCUAAAUUAAAAUUUAUUUGUAGUAAAAAUAAUAAAAAGAAUCUUGUUUUAAAAAUAGUCUACUGUAUAUAGCGAAGACGUGGUGGCUAAUAUUGUAGUGGACGUGUAAUAUGGGUAUAGAAAACAUGCGUCGGUGGCCAAUGUAUAUUGUUUUUGCAGUAUCAAUAUUACUUACCCUUUCACUACUCAAUAGUUGGAGUAUGGAGACCGAAUUACAAAAUCGGCUAUCUGAGGUCAGCUCGCAGUUGCAGGAAUGUUCACGACAGCAGACAUUAUGUAUGGAAGAAUCAUUAAGAUACCAACAACAGCGGGACAUUUAUAAUUCAAAAGUGAACGAUUUAGAGGGUUCGAAAAUUAAAAUGACUAACGACGUAUCUGAGUAUAAAUCCAAAGUCGUGAAAUCCGAGAUACAAGUUAACAGAACAUUAGUCGAUGUCGAACUAUGUAAAACCGAAUUACAGUCAUUGAAAAAUUUACAAAUGAGUAAGUCAGCUACUUUAGAAACUUUAAGAUUAGAGAAAGAAACUUUGACGACCCAAUUGGAGGAACGAAAGAAAAAAAUUGAUGAGUUGGAGAAAGAAAUUUCGAAAUUGAAACUAUCAUUGACUACUAAGAGUGCACCUAAUCCAUCUGCAUCUUCACGAGUGACACCUGCUGCUCAACCUCCUAAACUAAGCCCAGCUUUGAAUGCUAAUAUACCUAUGAAUGAGCCAGUUAUCGAGAACAAUGCUAAGGAAGAAAUGGAGGAUCCUAGUGCCCUGAAUGAUGUAGAUAACUUUGAACAGCAGUAAUUAACCUGUGAAGUUAAGUAGAUCUGGUUAAGGAUGUCUUUUGUGCAAUACAGGGUGCAAGAGUUAUCUGAGAAACAGUGAUGUAUAGAAUCAUUUCCCAUGAAAGCUAAGCUAUGUCAUGUAUAAGUUGAAGUUUUAUUUAGCUUGCACGUAUUAGGUAAAUACUUUGCGGCUGACUAUUUGCCUCCAAUUUACUGUAGGCGAGCUGUACUUUUGCCCAUCGUCUCAUAAUUUGAGCCUUUGUGUUGAAGACUCUACUAUCCUGGGAUAAAAUAUUAUAUCUCAUGGCCAUCCCCAGAAUGCAAUCUAUUUCUAUGGGAACAUUCACCGAGGUAAGUUAAGGAGAAAAGCCAUGCCAGAUAACAAAUGCAAUUUUUUUAUUAUUAACUUACUACAGCAACUUUUAACAUGUCCAUCUCCAGGAUAAAAUACUACAAUUGUAUUUUAUCCUGGAGAUAAAUUUCAUCAAGAUUAGUUCAAUGAUUCAGUUUAACAUAAGUGAACACUGAGUGAUCAGAAAAUACAUACAGUGUCCAGUUUGUAGUCUAUAGCUUACAAUUUCAUUAAAUUAGUCUUAAAUAAAAAAGCAGCCAGCCACAAUCAGCCGCAAACUAUUUACCUAAUGUAAUGGAAGCCUUUGUGGGAUUAACACAUCCAUCCAUGCCCCUGGUAAAAAGGCAGCUUGAUUCAGUAUCAUAUUUAAGAUAUACUCCUCUUUUGGGAAGACUUGUAAAAAAUAAAAUGCCAGUAUGAAGAAAGUCACAAAUAACUGGCCUAACAAUUGUGAUAUUUGCCCCAAGUUAGUUUCUAAAUUCAGUCUAUGAGACAUAGCAGUUGACAUGUUAAGUAUGACCUAAUUGUGUGAUUUGCAAUAUUGGGAACAUUGGUUGUAAUUAAGAAGCUGCAAAAGUUCAAAUCCUGCAUAUUUUGCUAGUGUUGUAUUUACUCUUAGUAAAAAAUUUUGCAAUUGAUGGGAGGGAAAAGGGAGAAAUAAUCAUAUUCUUAAGGUGCCUUGAAAAAUAUCUAAUUUAGCAUGAAAUUGAAAAAAAAAUAAGUUUAAAUAGCAUUGGUGAUAAUUUGUUUGUGCCUUAAACUCAACCAAGAUUAAUGAUCAUCCUCAUAUGGGUAGGCCCUUAUUAAUAUAUUAUUCAGGCUGUUAUGAUCCUUUGUACUUGUCACAUCAAUAUAACAUCGCCCUAACAACUUUAAUACCCCUAGGAGGUUCCUCACACUCAACUCAUGUCAAUAAAUAGUUCUGAUAGAAAUAUUUUGACUGCUUGCUUUAUAUAAACUCAUUAAUAUACUGGCUAAAGCUUUAUGUCAUCUAAGAAAGCUCUAUUUUCAAAAUUGUAUUAUUAUACAUUAAUGAAAAACUCAGAGCUUUAGUCCAAAAGCCCUUUAAUGGGUUCUUAAUACCAAAAAUCUGUAGCAGAACUCUCUAAGUGAAUAUAUGAUGAGCGUAAAACAAAUAUGGGGCAAAUUGAUUACAAGUAUGUUUGGCCUUAAAUAUUGUAUUAAAUAAGAACAACUGAGUGGCAUCAGAUUAUUGAUAUGUUAAUAAUAAUGAAUCAUUUAAUCAUUUUGUAGUUACAUUUUAUUAAAUUUGUGUUAUUUUAUGUAUGUUUAGGUUAAUGAUGAUGGUGCAAAAGCAGGCUAUGUUUAUUUUUUUAUGAUAUACUUAUUAAAAUCAAAUCAUAUUAUUUGAUUGUGGUGUUUAAAAGUUUAUUAGCCCAACGUAAUACAAAAACGUUAAUUAUGAGGAAUUAAUGAUUUAAAAAUUGUGUUAUUACCCAAAUAAAUUAACGUUUUUAUGUAAGGCACUAUAAUGAAAUCACAAAUAGAAAUUUAGUGUUAAAUUUAAUUUUUGUUUAUCCAUAUAGUUCAUAAGGCUUUAAACAAUUUUAGUUGGCACCAAUAAUACAACUUUUUACAUUUAUUACAACAGACUUGAUACAAAAUACUUCAUUCCUUGUUUAAUGUUGAUUCCACUAGUAAGUUUAAAAACUAUUUUAUUACCAACAUUAUUUUAUAUUUCAGUGUCUCAAAAAUAUGUUGUAUUUUUAUCAGUUCCCAUUAGUAAUUUCUAUUACUCGUUCAAAUUUUCGAUUUCGAUUGCAAUCAGUAACUUUAAUCAUUAAAUCAGAUUAAUAAAAGUUGGUCUCCACUGCACCCCACCAAAAACGUGGCAAUAUAAAUAUCAUGCCAAACUCAACUGUAUUAAAAUCAGUUAGUUAACUACUAGACUGUAUAAAGUAAGUGUUCCCACUAAACGAUUUUUUUAUCCGUUAAUAUUGAUUACAUUUCCAACACUAAGUUGUUUUAAAGUCCAAAAUUGUACUAUAUUCAGUAACCGCUUUUAUGCUGUGGUGCUAUUGUUCUUAGGUUUGUCUAAGCUCACUAUCUACUAUUACAGUGGAGACCAAUCUUUGAUCUAAGGAUUAUAAAAAUAAUCAUUGCAGUUAGUUACCUAUGUAUAAUUGACUAGUUAAUUAAAUUAAUCAUGCCAUGUCGGUGCCACAUUCCCUAGAUCUGACAAAUUAAGUUAAAGAAUGAUGUAUUAUAUUAUUAUUGCUCAAUUCCAUAAUUAAUAUACUCGAUUGUGUCUCGAAAAUAUUUUUUUAAGUUUAUAAGUUUUAGUGCUUUAAUUAAUGAGUUAUGAAAUUGCACUACCAAAAUCAAAUCACACGUUAUUUGCGCAUAGGGGUCGCUGCAAACGUAAUAUGUUUCAAAUCUGAACAGACGGGAAUAUUUGGCGGCAGAACUAUAGUUUACAAUUCACGUGCGCUAACUUGUACUGAAUAUACUUUUAGUUCAAUGGUCGCUGCUAACGAAACAGCAGCGACCAUUGAUCAAAAAGUAUAUUCAGUAAAAAUACUCUAAAAUGAAAUCUAAUUUAACUUCCGGCUACAAGCUAAAUAAAAUUUAAGGUUACUCGAACAUAACAUUUUUUUUACAAUAUAAUCUGAAAUUAUUGUUUGGUCUUGGCUCCCGCUUUAGGAGACCAACCAUGAAUCUACGAUUGUUAUAAUUAUAAUGUUUAAGUUGUUCAAGUGAAUGUAUAAGUACUUGUAGCAUAUUAUCCCAUUUGUACCAUUUUAUACUAAAUAACGAGGUCGUAAAUAUAUUAUUAUUACAACAAUGGACAAGACUCAACUACUUACGUCCCUACUAUGGAUUUUUUUUGACGGGAACGAAAAAAUUAAAAUAUACACAACUUAAUGUGGACAAGAUUCGGUAAACAAAACAUCCUCGUACCUUAAUGUAACGGUGCCAAUUUUGCUGUAAUAAAAUUUCAAACUCAAAGUCAAAUAGUAUUUCUUUAUUCAAAUAGGCCUCUAACUAUACUAAAAUAAUCUAUGUAAUUAACGCAUCUAAAGCGUUAAUUACAUGGAUUAUUUUAGUAUGGUUGGUAUUGAGAUGAUGUUGAUAGGGAGAUACGAUAAGAUAACUAGACUCGAGAUUUAUGAACAACAGGAUUGGCGCCAAUGUAUUCCGUAUAUAAACACAUAAGUUGUCUAUCUCACUAGUACAAAACGGCAGUAAAAAAUAAUAAGAGCCACAGCAUACUUGAAAGUUAAAACACGCCACAGCGAUGUAUCGCCACGCAAUCUAAGUCAAAAUAAUUCUAAAUCGUUUUAAGUAGCGUAGCGUAGCGUGUGAUAAAAAUGUAUGUCCCCGCCUUAAUAUGGUCAGUAUGCUUGUGUGUCAUUAUAUAAAAUAUGCAAUUUAUGUAUGUUUUGAUACGUAAAUAAGCGAUAACGAUAAGACGAAGGUAAAAAAUAUCGUAGUGCAAAUUCAAUCUCUGUAUCAAAUUGAUUAAAUAAAAUGAAAGUACAGUUA